ACAGGUUUACCACAAAAGUUCCACAUGUUACUGCUAGCUUUACAUAUGCUUACAUUUCCAGAGAAUAGAAAGCAAAAGAUGACUGUUCUUCUAAUUUUCACCUAUGAUCUGAGUACCAGUGUAAUGCGUCACUCACUAAACAAUGCUCUCGUGUACAUUUCAAUUCGAUAAUAGCACGUUGGACAGAGGACCGCGCUCACAGUUAGAAUAUUAGCAGUGGUUAGCGCAUUGCACUAUGGACCCAGUGGAACUGAGUUUGAUUCUCAGCCACUGCUAACAUCAGCGGAGAGUGCAGUGUGAACCAGUCUUGGACCCCUCUGCUUCUCCAAAGUGCACUGACUAAAAAUAGCGAAUAUAAUCUCACUACGACUGAUACUUCACAGGGAAGCCUUCACUCGAUUGACGAAGGGCUGUAAUUACAUAUUAAUUCCACCAAAUGUAUUUUUUUCCAAUGUAGCUAUAAACAAAACGACACAUGUCCUCACCUCUAAAAUGUCUUGGGUUUCCAUGCCAUUGCUUAGUACUAAACAUUUAAAAAAGGGACAUUUCCACACACAUGCAAAUCUGCACAAACGGAACCACUGUUUCUGGAUCACCUGAUUUGCGACUUCACUACAGAUACCACUAUCUGCUCUGCUUGUGUUGCACACGCUCAGGUUCCAGGCUGCCCUAUCUUGUUUAUAAUGUCCCAUCUAUGUUUUCCAAGUAAUUUGCAUGCAUUCACUUGGAUGACGUAUUUUCGCUUGGCCAGAUGCCGGAAGAUGUAAAGGGGUAGGAAGUGGAGAAACGGUCAGCUCUUCACAUAUUAAAACAAGGCACCAAACACCAUCUGACAUUUAACAAGAAUCUCCAAUAGACUACAUUCAUAAUAAAUGUGUAAUAGCGGCCUGCAGAAAUGUAUGCAGGGAAAAAAAUAUAAAAAAUCGAAAUCAAGUUAUAAACAGUUGGGCAGUGCUCUUUUUUGGCAGUCCCGAUCCCGGAUUGCUGCCGUGGGGAGCCAGACUCUCCUGAGUACAUCAACUGAUGACUGUACAUAAAGUGUUGCAAAUUUAAUAAACCCAGAAAGGAUAAUGGGCUGAGCCGACUCCUGGUCUUUAAAACAAAUAAAAAAACAAUGGGAGUGGCUACAAUGUGUUCAAGAUGCUGCAGAAGUUGUAAACCAUGGAUCAACUCAGUCCUUUGCACUUGGUGGCAGUUGGUAGAAAAUGUGAACGUGAAACAUUGUUGGUAUCUUUUAAGCGGUAACACAUUUUGUAGCCUCUGUAUUUGCAGGAAUUAUUGAUCAAUUGUAUUACAAUCUGUAAUUAUGUAAGUUCUAUUGGUAUACAUUUUGUUAUUAAAACGGCAGCUGAAAUUGAGAAUAACUGAACGGGAAUUUGAUGUUUUGCAUCAAAGUUGAACAUCUUACAUAGGUAAGAUGUUCAACUUUGAUGCAAAACAUCAAAUUCUCGUUCACAUAUAUUAUCAAUGCACUCACAAUUCGGCAACAUAGGACAUUUAAUAUUUUAUUUUCAGAGAAAUUGAUAAUAUCGCAGAUGAAGAGACAAAACAAGAGCAAAGACUCAAUCAAAAUUGUUUCUAGUUUGUAUUGUUUUUUAAACAUCGCAUUUGGUGUGCAAUCAGUUUGUAAUCAUUGGGGUGGGGGGUAAUGACCAAUAUUUGAACUUGCGAUCUGCUAUUCAACUAAUAGGCAAUACAAUAACUUUCCAUUUCAACACAAAAGAUAAAAACAUACACUUGCGAUGUAUGAUAUUUAACAGUAAAUCAACGUUGUAAUAAAUAAUUUAGCCAGACUAGCAUUCGUGAUCCUCAACGCUCUUUCAGUUGCAUGUUGCUUGGGUUGUUUGGCAAAUUUCUUUUAGAGAAUGUUUGCAAAUAGGAGGAGGCUGGAGUACUCGGAAAAAAAACUUCACACUUAAAAGGGGAUAACACUGCAUAAAUUGGACGGAUACAGUAGGCCAGCGACUUUCUUUCUACAAUGCCACCCAUGCAUCCUUCAUGUAUCUCAUUAUACAACCAUCGUUUGCGAUUACAAAUGUGAUUUGUAACUUUCAUGCUUACAUAUGUAUCAAUAGUUCAAUUUAAUGGGAAAUUUUAUUGAGGGACCAUCUGUUGUUUUGGUCUUUUCUGGGACUGAUUAAGCUGUUGUUUUGCUGCCUUGUCCAAGUUUGGGAACUGGUGUACUUGUGCAACUUUGAGGUAAAACUUUACGUAUUUUACGUAUACAAUUUUCGUGAUUUACUUACCUUUCUUAUUAUUUGCACUCCUAUCUUUGUUUGUAUUGUUUGUUGUUGUAACUUUCUGACCCACCUAUACUGCAAAUCUAUGAAAAAGAGCUUCAUAGAUAAUUGUAUUUCUCCAGAAUAUAUAGAGAUUCUGAUGCUGAGCAUUAAACUGGUCAGACUACUACCGUUAUGUGAAAUAGGUUAGAGUCAAGGAAGCAAAUGUUAACAAAGGAAAUUGAAUAUUCUAGACUAGGACAAAGAGGUUAUUAUGAGUGCCAGUGAGGGGUUAGAGGAUGUGGCCUCAAAUGAACCAAGUUUCCUGAGGACAAUGGGGAAACAUUUUUGAAAGUCAUGAUGGGUGAUGACUUUUAGAAAACUCUAUCACAUCAAUACCUGCUAGAGUGCAGAAAUUAGCUGAUUCAUAUCAAACAUUCCUAUGUAUAGACAAAAUAACUUCCUUGUAAUAUUUCCGGAGAGACUUUGAAAAGUACUGUCAUUGACUACUUGCUGAGGCCGGGACGGCACACGAGAGUGGGGUAUGGAUAGAAACGCGUACACACCUGGCCACUUUUGUCUCCCUAUAAUUUGGCCAUUUAUGACUACGCCACGCAAGAGAUGAUUGCGGUCAAUCCCGUUAAUGCCACCGCAGCGCAAAAUUGCUUGCUACCUUCUGCUAGAUCACAGAAAUGUCACACAGCUGACUCUACACAUAACCGUCAAAGUCCAAUUUAACAUUUUUAUUAUCAUCACCACCAUCUGGCAUUAGGUUUUAGGUCUAUCCGUGGGUCAACGACCUCUGGAUGCCAAGCCAAAGUGUCUCCCUGCUUAAACAAGUGUCUGGCAAUGUUGACCUCAAUUGGUGAACGCUUCUCCACACGGUCCUGUAAAUCCCCCUCACCAGUCACUUGAUGAAUCUACCAGUCUAGUGGUACUCAUUUUAUCAACCAGAUAGGAGAAAAUGAGCUCAGUCAGCCACCAACCAGGAUUUUGAGUUUUGCACGAUCUGAUAGCGACUGUGAAUUUCUUAAGAUUGAUGGUAGUUUUUCAAGAAUGAUACCACUUCUGGUAUACAUAUGGAACUUUUCCAACACGUAGCUUUGCAAGCCCGGGAAAAAAUACUAAAUAGAGGAAAACCUUGCCCAACGCGUGUUAGUCGAAUGCGUGUUUCGUUUACACACGAUUUACAAACUUAGGUCUGUUCUACAAAACACGGGGGUGAUGUUUCAACAAUACAUUAUGCGGUUUGACGCUGCUAAUAUUAUCAUGUCCGUGUUGAAAAGUAAUGCCCGCAGUGUUACAUCGGUUGGAAGGUGUGAAUGCAUCGACUAUGAGAACGAUUUAUUUACCGUGUAUGUUUUGUGUGUGUAUGUUUUUGUAUAAUAAUGUAACACACUCAACACGUAGAGCAGCAAAAUACAAAUGCUCACAAUGCCGCAUCACUGUCCAACUGGCGCUCGACUCGUUGUUUUGGGCAACGCUCCUCUGACCUCCAUUGUUGUUGGAGGGCAACUGCCUCCAACUCUCUAGUUAUGUCCUUCCCGAGCCUCCUCCACAGUCAUCGGCUCGUCUGAUCAGCUCCACAUCCUCCUAUACAGUAUUAGUCCAUAAUGUUUCUACCCAUGCCCUGCUCUUUUAGCCUCCUCUAUCCGGUCAAGCAGAAGCUGCUUGGGCAUGCAGUUGAUGGGCAUGUGGGCUCCAUAAUCCAGCCAACGCAGCCUUGCCUGCCUGAGGAGCUCAUUUUUGGGAGUGACCAAAUCUGUCAACCAUCGGUCAGCUCCACGUAUUCCAUUAUAACCUAACCGAUACAAAAAUCUGUCCUUAAAGUUGGUUUGGUAUCAUCAGCAGGAUUAACACUGUAUCACUUCCUGCUGGCCAAGAGAAACAAAAAUCUGAAUUUGUAAUUUGCAUGCCAGCUUGAUGUGGGCAGUUUUUCAGAUAGGGAAGUAUUCUGAUUGCAAUCUGAGGGUUCAUGUGGACAGUAGAUUCAAUAUAAAAACCAAGACGGCCCAGCAGUGAGACACGGUAGUGGAAAGGAAAGACUCGUGCACAAGAAGCUCCAAGUCUUCAAUAAACUCCAGUUCUUCGAUCAGCCAUGCUCGCCUUUCUCGUCUGCGCUGCUCUGCUGGUUGGAGCUGAGGUGUCUGCUCAGAGUUGUGGUAUCGCAGCGUAUUCCCAGAUCCGCGUGGUGAACGGCGUGGAGGCUCGCGCCAACUCCUGGCCUUGGCAGGCGCUCGUGCAGAGGUACUCUGGAGGAAGAUGGGUCAACUACUGUGGAGGAACCCUCAUUGAUAGUCAAUGGGUGCUUACCUCUGCGAGCUGCUACACGAGUGGAUACAGCUACAGGGUGGUGCUGGGAAAGCACAGUCUGUCCACAACCGAGUCGGGGCAAGUCACACCUGCAUUGAGCCUGAUCGCCUGGCAUAGCUACUGGAAUCCCAGCAUCCCGGCCAAUGGGUACGACAUCGCCAUGUUCAAGAUUGCGUCGCCCGUGGCUCUUUCCAGCAAGGUGCGCCUCGCCUGCCUGCCCAGCGCCAACCAGAUACUGCCCAACAACUACCCGUGCUACGUUACAGGCUGGGGAUCCCUUUCCACCAGCGGCCCCUUCCCCAGCGAGCUGCAGCAGGCCAGCCUGCCCGUGGUGGACUACGCGACGUGCAGCCAGGCCAGCUGGUGGGGGAGCAGCCUGAGGAGCAGCGUGAUCUGCGCGGGGGGCAGCACCCGCUCUGCGUGCUAUGGUGAUGGAGGUGGCCCACUGAACUGCCAGCGAUCGGACAAUGCCUGGGUGGUGCAGGGAAUCUCCAGCUACGUCUCAUCUCUGGGCUGCAACACGAUUCGCAAGCCCACCGUGUUCACCCGUGUGUCAGCCUACAACAGCUGGAUCAGCAACGUCAUGAGCGUGUACCGUGAAGCCCCAAAGCUCGCCGAUGGAGAGCAGCGCGUCAACAGCGGAGCCAAUGCCACAAUUGCUGCAUUCAGGCAGCCACAGGAGUAAAGCUAUAUGCUCUUUACAUCAAUGCUACAACUAACCUUAGAAUUAUAGUAUCUUGCUAUGGGUAUUUAGUUUUAAUAUUGGACUGGGCAUGUGGUUCAAUGCAGUGAGUUUGUGUGGUCACAUUGCUAUACAUGUCAUCACCUAUGAUAGUAAAUGCUGCUCAUGUGACCACUCUCAAAAAGACUGACUCCAUUUUGCAUGAAUACCGGAUGUUAAGUAGUUAUCUUUGUAUUUUGUGACGAAAGAAAGUGGCAAUAAAACCAGCAUGCAUACUGGAUCAUAAAGUGCCAUUUAUAUCACUUGAGAAGCUAUUGAUUGAAUCUGAAAUAUUAGGAUGAGGCCGAGGCAGCAUGAGUUAAAUUUCAUCCGUUGUCAUAGUUUAGUAGGGAAUGGAACAUCAUGUGUUAUUGUGGGACGACAGCUGAUUCAGGGCGAUGCGAUUUUGGCUUGGUGUAAAUGCAAUUUGGAGAACAAUUAAAGUACCUGGUUUGUUGAAUUGACUGGUGGAAGUUAUACCACAUUAACCAUACACAUAAUUACAGGAUUCUCAGAUUAUUAUUUUGGCGUUCAUCUGUAUUGCUAGGACACAUAAAGAUGUCACUAAAAUAUAGAAUCACAUUUGAGUAAUCUAUAAAAUAAUACGCUUUUUCAGGUGUGUGCCUGACUUUAAUGCAUCGGGAUGACAUCAUGCGAGUUUUGGGUGAGGUGAAGGGGUUGAUGGCUUCAAAAAUGCAGGAGUGUUGAGAGGCGUAUUAAUGUCACGCCAGGAUGGGGUGAUGGUGUGAGAAGGCAGGGUGAUGAUGUCACGAGAUGACGAGGGACCGAAUGAAGAUCAUGAUAUCACGAGACCUUAGGCUGGUUAGAAUUUAUAGAGGGAUCAUAACGUCAUGUGAUACUAGUGAAGUUUAUGAUAAGUGUAAUGACUCGGACAACUUGAACUGUAGAGUUUUCUUUAGUUAUUAUUUAGGCAUCAACUUAUUUUCAUGCACUGCCCGCGUUAAUCUACCUCGUAGGGAGGUGGGGACAACAACACACAGACGGUGCGAUGCCUCCUGCCACCUCAUCAGCAGACCUUCCUGAAGGACGAACUGCGAGACUCCCUUAGGCCCAGGGUUCUCGUGGUCAGUUUCUGUCCAGCACCACAUGUUCAACAGGGAGACAACCUCCAUCUGUAGCUGGCCUCAUUCGGCAUGCGUGAACCCCAACGUGUCAUCUCUAUGUGUGACCACCACGGCUGGUGGUGGGUCACUGAAAGCCACUUUGACCCCGGUGGCCCAGCCCUAGGCUGUUUACACUGGCCCUCGCUCGACGAGCAUGCGCAGCAUCUCUUCAGCGGCAAGCGGGAUGAUGCAUCGGCAUAGCAGUGCCCCACACCCCUGCGGUGAACCACUCGAAAGAAGUACUCCUGGAGUAUUUCCAACUAGCGUGAGAGCUGGCCGGGAGGCUGGUCCACUCUCAGAGAGAACUCGGGUGCCACGUGGUCCAUGAAUACUACAGACUCUCUGCCAUAGAGAUAAGGCCUGUACUGUUGGACGAAGUACACCAUGGCCAACAGUUCCCUACGGGUGACACGGUACCACUGCUCGGUGGUUGACAGGAUGCGACUCCCGUAUGCGAUCACCCUUUCCACCCCGUUCUUCACCUAGGACAGGACAGCUUCUAAGCCCAUGUCACUUGCAUCAGUGUCCAGUAAGGACGGCAGGGAAACGCGAUCUCGCAGCGCAGGGAACGCAGCCUCCUCCUGGAGUGUAGAAGAAGUUUUCCUGGAGGUCAAAUUUUAAAUCAUUUUGCAUUGUGUCUUCCACCAGACGUUCCCAGAAUACCUGCACUAUUUGUUUGGGCCUUCCACAUUUAUCUGGUCGGUGCCCCAAGUGUCGGAUCCAACUUACCACGGGUGGUGAUCAUUUGACAGCUCCGCCCUUCUCUUUACCUGAGUGUCCAUAACAUAUGCCCUUAGGUCCUAUGAUGCAGCAAUGUCAAUUAUUGACGUUAGGCCCAAGGUGCUCUCGUACCAAGUAUACUUAUGAGCAUCGUUGUGUUCAAAAAUGGUGUUUGUUAUUGACAUUCUAUGACUAAUGUAGAAUUCCAAUAAUAUUUCACCGUUCGGGUUCAGAUCAGGGGGGUAUUCCUCCCAAUCGCGACUCUUCAGGUAUUUCCAUUGUUUCCCACGUGAACAUGGAAGUCGCCCAUUAAGACUAUGGAGUCGGUAGGCAGCACCGUAUCGAGCACUGCAUCCUCCAUCUCCAAGAAGGCCGAAUACUCUGAACUGCUGUUUCGUUCAUGAGCACAGACAUCAGUCAGAGUUUUCCUUUUUGAGACCCGAUGUCUCAAUGAGGCUACCCUCUCAUCCAAUGGUACAAACUCCAACUGAAUAGCACCCAGCAGGGGGCUUGUGAAUAUCCCCACAUCCGCCCAUGGCCUCUCACCACAUUGCUGCCAUGGGGGAGCCAGUCUCUCCUUGGGAGUUUAACUGUUGACUGUACACAAAGUGUUGCAUAUAUAACAAACCCAGAAAGGAUGAUGGGCUGAGCCGACCCCUGGUAUCUAAAACAAGAUCAAUUUAAAGGGGAGUGGCUACAAUGUGUUCAGAAUGCUGCAAGAGUUGUAAAACACGGAUCAACUCACUCCUGUGCACUGGGUGUCGGUUGGUAGAAAAUGUUAACGUGAAUUAUUGUUGACAUCUUUUAAGCGGUACCAUAUUUUGGAGCCUCUGUAUUCGGCAGAUUCUUUGACAAAUUAGUUUUCAAUCUGUCAUAGCUCGAGUGGUACACAUUUUGUUAUUACAAGAACGGCAGCUGAAAUUAAGAAUAACUGAACGUGAACUUGGUAUUUUCCACCAAAAGUUGAACAUCUAAUCUAGAAGUAUUAUUGAUGCACUGCCAAUUCGUCAAUAUAGGACAACAUUUAAUAUUUUAUUUUCAAAGAGAUUGAAAAUAUCGCAAAUGAAAAAGACAAAUAAAGGCAAAGACUCAAACAAAUUGUAUCUAAUCUGUGUGGCUUUUAAACAUCGCAUUUUUUCUGCAAUCACUUCGUAGUAAUCUAAAACUCUCCUUUGCACUGGAACCUUGAGAUAUACUGCAUAGGGGGGGGUGGGGGUGGUAAUGUUCGUGAUUUGAAAUUGCGAUCUGGGAUUCAACUCUUAGGCAAUACAAUAAUCUGACAAUUUAACACAAAAGAUAAAUACACUUGCGACGUAUGUUUUACAGGAAAUCAUUCGUGAGCCUCAAGCUUCCUUUCAGUUAGAUGCUGCUUGUGUUGUUUGGCUAAUUUCUUAUCGAGAACUUUGCAUAUACGAGGCUGGAGUUCUUAGAGGGUGGGCUUAGCCCCACCCCCCUUCCUCCUCUUAACCAUGCCUUCCCCCAUCAUCUCAUUGUCAUCGUCAUCUAAACCGUUAAUAUUAAAGGUAUGUAAGUUAAUCUA